GCCAUUUUUGGUAUGAUGCUUCGAAGACACACGUUCAGAACUAUGAAAACAACGAUUGCCGUUGAAUGUAAUCAGGCAUGUAACAAUGAAUUCCGAUGUCACAGCUUCAACUACGUCAUUUCAAAGGAACUGUGUGAACUAAACAAUCGGACAAAGGAGGCCAGACCAGAGAACUUUGUGCCAAAUUCUGAAAGAUAUUAUGUCAAGAGUAUUAAGAAAAGAGAUGUUGAUGAAUGUGCCAGCUGUGUACACGACUGCCACGCUUCAGCUUCAUGUACUAACACCGUAGGAUCCUUCAGCUGUUCGUAUAAUCUUCCUUACGUAGGAAAUGGAAGAUCUUGCAGUAAACUCCCAUCGGAAUGUCAAAACUAUCAAAGUUUGACGGAGGGAGACAGAAAGAUAACAUCCGGUAAUCAAAUCACGAUUUGUGACAACGGACUUAAUGGCUGGUAUCGUUUUGAAGGGGCAGCAGGUACAAAAAUGCCUUCUUUAUGUCCACCUAGAAACCAAUGUAGCACUCACGCAUCCGGUUGGCUGAAUGGUACACAUCCCAUGGAGGCUGAUGGUCAGGUCACCAGGACAGUUUGCUUCCACUGGGGGUUAGGCUGCUGCAAUUGGUCAAGAACCGUCAAAGUGAUAAACUGUAGCGGUUACUAUGUUUACCAUAUAACUGGCACACCCGCAUGUUCCCUCCGCUACUGCAACUUAUACCUUAAUAUCCCUCUAAUUGGAUACAAUGNCCCUGGAACAUAUUAUGGUGGUAAGGGAGCAUUCGUAGAGGGAAAGUUCAGACUGAAUAAAGGAACAUUGCUGAAUAUUGUCGUUGGACAGAGAGGAGGAAAUUCAGUGGAGGUUAAAGGUGGACAGUCUACCACUUUAACAGCAGCUCAGCUUGGUCUUUCUAUAGAGGACAAUGCUGGAACUGGAGGAGGGGGAGGGAGUUUUGUCUACACCACAGGUAACACGUUGCUAUUAGCUGCCGGAGGGGGUGGUGGUGCUUCUGGUGGUUAUAAUGGAGUGGAUGGUCAGGCGGGUUCAAGUGCAACCAGUAGUGUGGGGAAAGAAUCAUCACAAGCUCGAAAUGGAGGUACAGGUGGGCAGCCUGGUGAAUGUAACACUGCAAGUGGUAACUUUCAUGGAGGUGUAGGUGCAGGUUGGCAUGGCACAGGUUGCGCCCGUGCAGGCUCACACCAUGGAGGACGAGGUGGGUCACGUGAUCAAGGGUGGAUCGGAGGUGAAGCAGGGGCUAUGAACAGUGGAAAUAAUGGCGGACCGGCACCAGGAGCAGUUGGAGGGUUUGGCGGUGGUGGAGGAGGAUCAGAGGAUAAUGGUGCAUCAGGAGGAGGUGGAGGUUACUCUGGGGGAGGCAGUGGUACCCACUCAAACCAAGCUGGAGGGGGAGGAGGUUCGUUUUGCAGUGGUCAGAGUUGUUCUGGUGUAACUGGUGGUAACCCUAAUGAUAACGGACUGGUUAAAAUUAUUGAGUUAUCUUCAUAAUAACUAGUCACCCAAAGGACUUAAAGGUGAAGUCAUCUGUUAGAUUUGCCUUUCGCUUUUAUCUUUUACCGAAUCAAUAGUACAAGAUAGUUGUAAACCGUAGUUUAAACAAUAAUUUCACUUCAAUUAAUUUUCACGAAAUAAAACUACAGGAAAAGAACAAAAAAAAAAAAGAGUCUCAUUGGGUAUGAAUGUUGGCGGUAAAACUUUUCAUCCGUUAGGCGUAAAAGUUAACAAAUCUUAUAUAUUCGUUGGUUUAAUACAAAAGUUAACAAAAACAUUUUAUGUGGUUAAUCAGGGUUUAUUCCGUUCUGAUCAUUUCCUGAUCAUUUUAAAACCCAAAAUAAUUUUUCCUUGAGUUUGUAUCCAAACAGAAGUAUUCCGCCAGUCGUUAGGGCCAUCUAGAAUUCCACGACUUCGUCGCGAUAGUUCUGGCGGAUCUCUAAUGGUAUCCUGCAAUGUGAAAGCUGUCAAACAUCACCAAGUUUAUUCCAAAUUAUGAAA